AUGGCAACCCCGCAGCGACGAGAUACAGCUAACUCUGCCAACCAACGAGUUCCUCAGAGAAACACGUAUUACUCCUUUGGUGAUGACGGUUUAACAGCGACCAUGGCCGCCUCUGGAGGUCUUCUCCAGAUGUCACGCUUCUUUCCCGAUGCAAAAUAUAAGACAUCAUUUUGUGUUGAUACGUCGUCUAUUGACCAUCCUUAUCUCGUAACCUCUCGAGCUACUGAGCUUUACUCUAGGGCUUCAGAUCUCUACCCCGAAAACAUCGAAUUAGGUUGGGAACUAGGCGAGGUUGUGGAUGACUUUCAUACAUCAGAAUUUGUUCAUGACCGCUGGCCACGCUGCUUUGUUAAGAUGUCAGGCGGGAUGACGUCGACUACACAGUUUGUUUCUUCCGGCCACACAAUCUUCCAGGUCUCCGAGUUUGACUUCCGUGCCUCAAUAUUUAAUGGAUCGUUUCCAAAGAUCAAGGUCAAUACCAACCUCCUCAUCCGAGAGCUUGAUUUCUUCACUCCCCCAGACACACCCAACGGUGGAAACGGGGAGACAGCAGAGGCACCGUACAAGACACUGAUUUCCGACCGCGGAGACUUCAUAAUGAGGAGCCGACUGAUCGAUCAGCAUAACGAGACCGUUGUCGCUCUAUUCAUAUCCGUUCUCUCGCGGUCCAAGUAUUUUAGCUUCGAAGAGACUGAUGGCGAGGUACUGAUAAUUCCAAAUGACGAGCUUUUGACUCUCUUCAAAACUGGGGGGAAGUUCACAAUCGUAACAGCCUUCACGCUUGCGUUACAGCCCUCACAGAACUUACCCAGCACUGCGCCUGUUUCUUUCCAAGACUUCGAGAGUGCAAUGGAAUGUCUGAAGCCCGAUCAAUACGAGGAGCAAACCUUUACAACUGAUCAGCGCCUCAACUUUUGCUUGCAGCGGAAUCUAGAGCACAUUCUCUCUGUCUGCAGUAUCCCAGUAACCCCGCCCGAUCAGUACGGAGGUCAAAUAAUCGCCCUGACAUGCGGUGAUCUUGAUGGGCAUCGAGUUGCAACGUCUGCAAGCUUCUACUGCUUUCAGUUUCUAUUGCUGGCGUUGAAGCAUUUCAACCGUAAGCAUGACAAAAAGGGCUGCCAAUGCCAAUCACCAACCGAGUCUCGUACUCAGCCGACAUAUAUCUGUCGCAUGCGUUCACGCAUCAAAAAAACAUGCGAAGGUCAUCUGAGAUGGGUUUUUGAGAGAGCAGCUCGACCUAAAGGCUUUUUUACUCCGAACUAUUGGGUCAAUGGUGAUGAGAUUGUUGGAUGGGAGGAUAACGCCUAUCUCCCCGGCAAAUCUAUUGUUGACACCCCGUUGCAAAUCAUCAAAGCUGGAGAUUUCUUCAAAGAAUUUGGCUACCUGCCUGUCCCCAAGCAAAGUGUGAACAGUGUUGUGGACUCCUGGGUGAAAGAUCUGGAUGACAACAAUAAGCUGGGAUUAUAUGCAUUUGCCCGUCACAAGAAAGACCCUUUCCAAACCUUCUACUUCACCGAUCACGCUCUUAUCUGGUGGGCUCUGAAAUGUGCAGAAGAUCUACGCCCACAGCUUCGUUUACUAGUACCGCUUGAAGAUGUCAGCAAGCAAAGCGCGAGGAUAAGGCAGGCCGACAGACAGCGGACGAAGCAGUACCAAAAGCCGAGAUUAUACUCUUCCUCCGUAGUACAACAGCAUAUUUUGAAACGGUUUACUAUCGAGAAUCCCGUAACCCAGAAACGUAUGAUAGCGUUGUCUCGCAGCCCGGCUCACAAUCGGUUCCUGCUUCGUACCAAAGACACAUUGCUCUUUCGUGUUAUGGACCUCGGGUUAUUUGACAACACGGGCGAUCUAAACAGCAAUGGGACCUGGGAAGAAACGGUCGAUGUCUGGAGAAGGACAAUCGACUGCCAAACGCGGCAUGAGGGUAAUGAUGACUCCAAAUGGCAAGAGCCUUUGCGUUUCGCGAUAUCUAUCCUGAUGGCACAGUAUGGGAAGCGCAUGAACUCGCGAUCGGUGGGGAACAUGUGGUCACAUGCUAUUUCUACCUUGCUGCAAAGCUCCUCGCCCAACGGCCUUUUUCCAGGAAUGAUGGAUGAGAUUCAAGAGCCUGUCUUUUAUGAUGACGAACUUUCGCGUGAUACCUACUGGAGCACCACCUUUGAGAUACCAUAUGUUCUUUGGAAAUAUGGUUCCAAGACCAGUAUGGUGCUUUCGGAGAAUAUUGCCAACCGUGAGGAGAGCUCAAACGGUGACGAUAUAGUACUGCGAGUGCAAACCAGCCCUGUGGAUACUCGUGGGAUCAUGGAACAGCAUAGGAGUAGCAAGGGUUCUUACUAUCCCGCGUUUCCAAUGAAACGGACACUGCCGUUCAAUAACGUGGUUUAUCAGGAGAAUAUUGUCGAGCUGUUUGAUGAAUGGCUCUAUAAUAUACCCUCGUUCUUUGUGGAUGAAAAGAGUUCCGAUGAAGUUCAACUAGAUUCCGAGGUAGCUCCAGCUCAAACAGACGUUCCAGAAACCGCCAUUCAGACUCAUCCCACUACGCCAAGUAUUGCAAAUCCCAUAGAAUCGCCCUGGAACCGGACCGUCAAGCGUUUCCUGCAUUGGCAGUUGACUACGCCCCCUGCAACGUCUCCCUCGGGUCCAGGGGUGAAUGGGAAGGAAUGCCCUGAAACGGUAGGCGUGGUAGUCGAUGUCCCUAGAUCGCACCAACGGCAGAAGAACUCAGGGAAUGUGGCCUCUUGGGCAGAGUUAAGAGAGAAAAGGCAUGUUGAGAAGAUUGUGGAGAGAGGAAGAAACCCAGACACUGCCAAGAAGAGGUUUUGGUGGUUUCUUUCCAAAAACCCGACAGGGAACAAGAUAUGCCAAAACACACUUCGUGAAGAUUCUUCACUGCUAACAGCCUCUCCGUUAUUGAUGACUGAGGGACUUAAGGCUUUUGUUGAAAGGCAUCAGUCUUACGGAAAGUUCUUCUUCGAAGAUACUGUUGCAGUCCUCAAUACUUGGUCGACUGAACUUCACCUAUCCUUUUUCACUCUUGCCCCUGCCGGCACAACAGGAGAGGGACAGACGUGGGAUCAAAGUGGUGGGCAAUCUCUAGAGCUCCCGGCGCAUGAUACCGCGGGAAGUGGUAGAUCCUUAAGUCGAGUCAUCAUGAGCUUUCACUUUGAGGGUGAUUUCUUUGACCGUUACUGGACGUGCCGGUAUCUACAGGCUGAUCCGCAUGCCAAGAUGAACCAGAUUGAGCCUGAUGAAAAGGAUCCCAAUAGACAGUCGCCGCUACGGGAGCUCUUGUUGGGCGGAGAAAGGAUUAGCGAGGCUGAUCGACUCAAAGCGCCCUGGCGACAGCGUCGAGUGUUGGAACUACUGUUAUUUGACCGAAUUAUCAGUCAAAUGUAUGCCGGUGCUGAGGGGAUUCUAGGAGAGGCCAAGUCCUUGUUCCAGGAGGGUAACGCUCAAGGCAGAAAUGAGCUGAUAGGAGAAGAGACGGAAAAGGUGCACUAUGGAGAAUUUGUCAAUACCAGCAAGCGGUUCAAGAAAGUCCAAAGAGUUCUACAGGUCGUCGAAGGAGACAUUGCUGAGAAUCUGGCAAAGAUCGAGCUGUGGCGGAAUCGAGAGACGGAACGACAGAUGGAAAGACCACGAUGGACCUUUAACGACGAAAGUCGCUAUCGGAGUGUUAUUUCUAAACAAGCAGUCUUUAACAACCACAGCAUCCAGGACCUGGCACGCACUCGUUCAAAAAUCGCGAACUAUAUCGACUCGCUGUCCAAAUCCCUUGAAUUGAUGCGGAUGAGUCUCGAGCAACGGCGUGCAGACGAUAUCCAACGCUUUACGUACGUCACGGUUGUUUUCCUGCCAUUGGGCUUUGCGACUGGAGUAUUCAGUAUGAGUGAUAUUCCAGCUAAAAGAACCCUUUACUCAAUGGUAGCCACGGCUGUAGCUGCUCUAUUGAUCACGACGCUGCUUUUAUAUAAUUCCUCUCGUAUUGCGUUAGUUUGGCAAAGACGGCCCACCCGAAGCUGGCAUCAAGGAUUGGAGGAAUGGGAUGACUCAAGGACGAUGGACGACGAUCAAGUGGAAAAAGUUGGUGACCGAAGGAGGAAGUUAAAGCGGUGGCCAAACACAAAGUUUAGAAAGCAUGAACGAGAUAAUGGUAAGAGUAGCAAUACUCAAUCGCACAAGGUGAUUGGGGAUGCUACAGAUAAUGUGUAA